AAGUUGUUAGUCGCUUCGUAGGGGCCGAAGGGGCGGGCUCGAGGGUCGAGGGAAGCUAGGCUGCUCGCUGUUCGCUCGGCGGCGCAAGAUGGCGGACAUCUCCCUCGACGAGCUCAUCAGGAAGCGCGGAGUUGCGGCGAAGGGACGGCUCAAUACCAGACCAGGAGUUGGAGGUAUUCGAUCUCGUGUUGGAACACAGCAGAGCCUUCUCAGCCAGCCCACACGUACAGCCACCUUCCAGCAGAGAUUUGAUGCUCGGCAGAAAAUUGGCCUUUCUGAUGCCCGGCUCAAACUGGGAGUCAAGGACGCCCGAGAAAAGCUUUUACAGAAAGACGCUCGGUUCCGGAUCAAGGGGAAAGUGCAGGAUGCCAGAGAGAUGCUUAAUUCCCGUAAGCAGCAGAGCACAGUGCCCCAGAAGCCUCGCCAGGUGGCUGAUGCCCGUGAGAAGAUCAGCUUGAAGCGGAAUUCCCCUGCCACCUUCUUGAGUCCACCCAUUGGGACAGUGACCCCUGCUCUGAAGCUCACGAAAACUAUCCAAGUUCCACAGCAGAAGGCAUUGGCACCACUUCAUGCCCAUCCUGCUGGAAUGCGGAUCAACGUUGUCAAUAACCACCAGGCCAAACAGAAUUUAUACGAUCUGGAUGAAGACGAUGAUGUAGCAUCUCCCGUUCCUAGUAAACAGAUGAAAUUCCCUUCCUCGGGCAACUUGGCCCCCCACAUGGCGGGACUGAGCAGUUCCAAGCUUUCCAUGUCCAAGGCCCUCCCUCUUACUAAAGUGGUUCAGAAUGAUGCAUACACAGCUCCUGCUCUCCCCUCUGCUGUUAGAACAAAGGCUUUGACCAGUAUGUCCCGGACACUGGUGAACAAGGAGGAAACCCCCAAAGAGCUGCCACCUGCUGAGCCUGUCCUCAGCCCUUUGGAAGGCACCAAGAUGACUGUGAAUAAUUUGCACCCCCGAGUCACUGAGGAGGACAUUGUUGAGCUUUUUUGUGUAUGUGGAGCCCUGAAGCGGGCACGUCUGGUCCAUCCUGGGGUAGCAGAGGUGGUCUUUGUGAAGAAAGACGAUGCCAUCACUGCAUAUAAGAAGUAUAACAAUCGGUGUCUUGACGGGCAACCAAUGAAAUGUAACCUUCACAUGAACGGGAAUGUUAUCACCUCUGACCAGCCCAUCCUGCUACGGCUGAGUGACAGCCCCUCAGUGAAAAAGGAAAGUGAGCUGCCUCGCAGGGUGAAUUCUGCUGCCUCCUCCCACCCACCUGCUGAAGUGGACCCAGACACCAUCCUGAAGGCCCUCUUCAAGUCCUCAGGGGCCUCAGUGACCGCACAGCCCACAGAGUUCAAAAUCAAACUUUGAGUGGGGAGCGAGGCAGCUAGAAGCUGGGGACAGAGGGUGGCUCUGUUACCCAAAGCAAAGCUUGUGACCAAUGGACCUGUCGGAUUGGAGGCCCCUGGGUUUUGGAAGGGUUGCGGGGAUAGAGAGCUUCCUCACUGGAUGGGACCCACCUUUCUGUGUUGUGUUUUCCCUGUGCUCUUCUGUGCAUUAACAUUUCAUAUUGUGUGCUUGUUCUCCUCCACGGCAUUAUCAGGGUAGGCUUGUUUCUCAAGAGUCGCUCCCUAGCUCUGCCCCAGACCGGUUUCUCAUCUGGAAACAGUGUCCUAGUGCAUUUAGUGAUUCGUGGUAGCCCCAUGAAAUGCUGGACAGGGACUAUUGAAGAAUACUGCUUUCCCCAGAAAGCAAGAGAUUGCCUCCCCUUUCUCUAUUUCAACUAAAUUGGGGGGUAGAAGCCUCUGCUCUCCUAGUGGGGGCCAGGUCUACUUGAGGCAGUCCCUCCCAUCUGUCAAAUCAGUGAGAUGGGGGGGGGGGCUAUCAGCCAUGGACCGUUUGUCCUCUGCCACACUGGCUCCAUACCAGGCUGUUUUGGCAAAGGCCUUGUGGCUGGGGAGGUGAGCUGCUCAGUUUCAGAGGUAGGUCAUGCCUCUCUUGGGUUCUGUCCCCUUCUAGCCUUCUGUGCAUCACUGCUGAGAAGGGUUUGAACUAGCAGCCCUCCCAACACCCACCUUCCAUGACAUUCUGCACACUCUGGUGCCAGCUCUCUUGCUAUUUGGAUUAAUUAAAUGGGAAAUGUCGGCUUAGUCCUGGCUGUUCCUUUCUGGACUCAGAUGUCUUUAGGACCAUAGUUGGGGAGACUGGAAACAUUUCAGCAGCCAUCAAGGGAUGAGCUCCCACUUUUCUAGCAGACCUAUCUUCUCCCUGAGCAGAAGGGUAUCUUUCUGCCUCGUCAGUGGGAGGGUGGUGGGCACUGAGUUACAGACCAGCCCUUCCAGCAGCUCAGGAAAACUGGAGAACCCAGGGGUAAGCUCUGGAUGCCAGUGUAGUGUUGCUCUGGGGCUGUUGGAGACUGGAGUCGGAGCACACUUAGCAGCAGGGUUCUAGACUUCACACAGUCAGAGGCAGCUGCUGUGAAAGGCAAAGGGACCUGAGACUCUGAAGAGUCUCUCAUGACCCGCCUGGGGCCAUCCCCAUGAAGAAAAGCACAGAAAUCUGUGUUUCCACACAUUUCAGUCUGUCAAGCAGGAUGGAACCAGAGCCUGAACCUAGCUCAGCUCACCAAUUCUGAGGUUGCCCAGGCCUUUGAAGUCCAAGGAAUGUGCUUGAUGCACUUAGUGGUUCUCUAAGGAAUGUUACUCUUACAUUCCUUCUCCCUUUGAAUGGGUGCAAACUUAAUUCUCUUCAGCAGCUGGAAGACAUUCCUCCUGUACUUUCCACUUCUUGACCUAAGAGAGCCCCCAAGAUAGUACCUGGCUUCUUGGGUGCUGGGUGGAGUAUUGAGGACACUGUCUAGACUGAUUCCGGUGGGGAUGGUUAAUAACUUGCCUACAUGACUUUCUUUACUCUCUGCCCCAUGCUGGGCUGCUCUGGUUGUCAUUAUUCUGUUUGGUUAUGGCCACAUGGCCUUCUGUAUGUUAUCCUUUGAACAGGCACAUGGUACUUUGUGGAAUGGAGCCUGUUUAUCUCCUCGCCGUAUGGGCCGUCAUCGAGGGAAACGGAAAAGAGAGGGUGUUGGGCCAGGCCAGUCCUUGUGUCCCUCUCCACCUUCUACUCCCCUGCAUUCCCAUCUGUGUCUGUUGUUCAGUGGGAGAGGAAGAGGCAUUAAAGAGUGGAGGAGACUGUGUUACCCAUUUCUGAAUAAACAUUUGUUAUUCCUA